AUGGACUCACAGAGACACCAGUAAAACCUCAGUGCUGCAUCUCACACAAAGACAAAAUCUACCAAACAGACUAAAGGAGUUCCCUGCUGCAGGCAAAGGACAACCUGCAGAAGGUCACUCUGCAGGUUCAUGUUGGGAAAUUUGCCACAGGAAGAGGCAGGGAGGAAUGAAGUAAAUUCAAACGCACAAAAAUUAUGUUCAGUGUAUGUAUAAUAAUCAUGCAACAGCCUUUUGCAUUUGUCAUACAGACUGCCUUGGGGGAGCUGGAGGAAGAGUUUUGCAAGGAAUGAAACUGUUCUUUUAAAAGACAAAAAAUUAUACAUGACUGAUAAAGAGCACUGAGCUGACAGAAAUCAGUUACCUGUUCAUAUUCCACAUGCUCCAGAGACAUAUCACUGCAGUACAGAUUUAACCACUUAUCCAAAAUUCUCUAUAGCUAUAGCAACUGCUCAAGCAUACCUCUCCUGCUAAAUCCACAGCUGAAAAUAAAUAUAUCUUGUCUUUCUUCUAAAAUUUGCGUCUUUGCACUUAAGCCCUUUAGUAUUUCCAUAAUAAACUGUCUAAUGUGACAGUUAGAAAAAUUCAUUAGCAAUGUGUGCAUUUAAAUAUUGAUUAAAAUGUGUGUAUGUGGUUUUUGUUUGGUUGUUUGUUUGAUUGUUUGUUUCAAAUAGUUUUUGGAGCAUGUUUGUAAAGAAAAAUUGAAACCUGAUUUGACAACACUGAUUGUAGGAUCUAUGAAUUUAAAUGAGUUUGGGUAGGUCCAAAAGGACACGACCGUCUUUUCAUUUGUAGGAAUUAUUUGUGAGAUAAUCCUAACUCUUCUUGCUGAAAACACUGAAAUGUCCAGUAGUCAAAAGGUAAAAGUAGAAAUCAUCUCAGUUUUUGUUUCAAGGAUUUAUAAAUCAGUAUUAUUUUACCUGAGUAAAAUAAGGAGCUCAGUUCCUAAGAGAGGCUGAAGGGCAAUCAGAAGUAGAGAGGCCAAGAGAACUGAACUCUGUUGUUUUGGUAUCUACACUGCUGGUGUUUAGCAACAAUUUUACCAGCAAAAGAGAUCUUGGAUAGGUGCCCCUGGGUUUUAAUUCCUAUUCAGCUGAAUUCAAUAAGUACCCUAUUCUAAGGUAACCAAAACAGUGGACACAGGAAUUCAGUUUCCAGCUUUUCAUUCUAUCGGCAGGAAAUCAUUGCACUUUUUUCCAAAUCGCUGAAAACAAAACAAAAAAAAUCAGGAAAAUAUUCAGAGAAUGAAAAUGUUUGAGAUAGAGAAGAGCCAACAGGAAAACAGUAGAAUAUCACCCAGCAGAUUCCAACAGCAGGAAAACAGCUUUGCCAAAAAAUAAAUCUUGCCCAAACAUACAUGAAGUAAUGAAUCUGAAUAUACAUCAGAAAGAAAAGAGAACUAUUCCUGCUAACACCUAUAAUUCUAGUGAAUACUUGACAAUGAAGGGCAAGAGUGACUUACAGCUUUCCUCCGAGCUAUCCGAGGAGGAAGACAAUAUGUAUGAGACUGUAAGCUCUUCAGUGCUGGAGGCCAUUCAUUCUUUGAGAAUCCUUCCAGCCAAGCCUCUACAGGAAUCUGAAUAUGCAGACACACGGUGCUUAAGGCCUUCAGGUACCACUUCCCCAACAAGUGAGAACCCAUCUCCAUCUCAGCCCCCUCAACACUCAGCCAUUCACACAUUUGAUCCGGAGGGGAGAACAGUGCCAAAUGUAAGAGGAGGAAGAAUGAAAAUACAUGGAUACCAGGAGCCUACACCGCCCCCACGGCCUCUGAAGAUGCUGCCAAAGCAGUAUCAGCCCCUUCCUCCAGAGCCAAGAAUAAGCAGCCAGGUCUUACACAAGAGGAACACGCUCAGCCGAGAUCCCACCUUUCCAACAUCAGCAGAUGUCACAAGACACUCAUCUGUUAAGGAAUCAAAUAAAGCACCUGGAAGAGAGCAAGUUACAAGUUUGGGGAAGAAACCUGAAGUACCUUUUCAAGCCCAACAUCAUCCUCCUGAAGCCAGCCCUCAAUGUACAUGGAGCUCUAAAAACAUUUGCAGAUCAGGUUCCACAUUAAGUGUAGAUAAUUUGACAGUGAAGAAGCCACCACCUCCUACAUCAUAUGCAGCAUGCAAAAAUAAAUCAAAACAUUUGCUUGUAGAACAGGAAAUGCAAUCUCUUACCAAACCCACUGAAAAGGAUUUAAACAAAUGUGAGUGGUACGUUGGAGAAUAUGAUCGCCAUAGAGCAGAGAAGAUCCUGUUACAGAGAAACACUGAUGAGACAUUCUUGGUUAGAGAUUGUUCAAAGAAAUCAAAGGCUGAACCAUACGUUUUGGUUGUUUAUUAUGGAAGAAGAGUAUACAACAUUAAAGUACGAUUUCUGGAGGAAAGCCAACAGUACGCCUUGGGAACAGGCCUCAGAGGAGAGUGUAAAUUUAAUUCCGUGGAAGAGAUCAUUGACUUCUACAAAUCCGUUCCCAUAACACUCAUAGACGGAAAGGAUCAGUCAGGAAACCACAGAGAACAAUGCUACCUCACACAUCCCUUCAAGGCAUGCUGACCUUUCUGCCUUAUUGUCGCUGAUUCAUCCGUUCAGAUACAAACAGAACACUUCUUGAAACGUCUCAAAAAUCAGAUUUGCCUCUUGAGCAAGGAGCUCCCCAUAAUAUAAUGAAGCAUUCUACAGAUCUACUCAGUUUUUUUGAUUGUUGCAUUUUCACUUUGAGGAUACAAGAAUAUGUCAACAUAUUAAUUCACAGGAAGGCGUUGAGACCGACUCCUGAUACCUUGACAACGACUGACCAAUUUGCUUAUCUUGCACUGUAUCUUCUAAAUACAAAUGAAAAUGAAACUUGCCCUGGCUUACCUAAAUGUCACUUAAACUCUGCUAAGUAGCAAAACCUAAUAAAGUAUACCACAGUCAUUAAAUAAAUAUUCUUGCUUUUAAAAAUACACAUGAAACACUGCGUGUCACAGUUCUCACUGUCUAACAAUUUCAUGUGGUGUGCAUAUGUUUGCUCAAGAAGCUGUGUUCAGCUGCCACUGAAGUUAGUAUCAGUUGAUGCUUAUAGGCACUGGAGAUUUUAAAGCUAGCUGCAAUUAUGUAAAUUCUAUUAUUCAAUGAGCACUCACCCUUCAGCUUAAGUAACAGAUACUUGUAUGCUCUACCUGAACCUUCAAACACUUCCAUAGUAGGAUCAUUAUGCAAACAGUCACUUUGAAUUCAUACCAUAUGCAAAGGUAGAGAUAAAAAUCUUAAGUAGAAAUAAUAGAUGUACUUCAAAACCAGCAAGAAAACAUGCUCUAGUGUGUAUGACCAAAGAACAUGAGAAUGUGAUUAUUUUUCCAGAAAAAAAUACAGAAAUAUUUAUUCAUACAAUUUGAGUUUUGGAAGCCUAGCUAAAUUCUGUAUAUACAUGAAGGCGAACUACAAUUCCAUAUGCACAUGAAGGGAUAUUUCUGCACAGCAUCGAUAACCUUCCUAACCACACUCAGAAGUUUGACUAGGUUAUUGUAAUAUACCAAAAAAAGGUACAUUACAAUAAACUAGUUACAUUAGAACCUCAGUUACGUUAUCCUUAUAGAAUAGGAACAAGAAGAACAAAACCACUCAAGCCCAAAACCACAACAUUCCAACCCAGUUUAUGACGUACUAUGUAGUGGUACAAACUAGUUCUAAAAAAAUUCAGCAGUUAAUUGUUACUUUCUUUCAACUUUUUUAUUUCUCAAUGCUGAGUCAAAAGGGAAGAAAACAUCCACUGUAAAUUAUUUCUCUCAAACUGAUGACACUGUUAAACUUGAAGGAAAUUAUUCUGACAUAAUUUUAUCUAAAAAAAGUAACAAAGCAGAAGCUGCUAAAAUAAGAGUUUAGCAGAGUUCAUAACAAAAAGCAUGACAUAAUCUGCUUUAAGAGUUUCAUAACCACAAUACAAUUUAACUUACAAAAGGUUUUCAUGUUGAAACAAAAAAAAAAAAUCUAAAUUAAAAACCAUAAAAACCCCAAGGCUUAAAACAAUUUAGAUAACAGAUUAUGGCAGUGCCGUACAGAGCUUUGCAGAUGUUUACUAAAGUAAACAGUAAACUUGCUUACAGAAGACAAGCAUUACUAGUAUUCUUAAACCAUCCAGAAUCCACAAAGCUGAGCAGCAACACUUUCUCUACUUCCCCCAGUACAGCUUUCAUGAGCAAUGUUCUGAUUUUGCCAGUGACAACUCUUACAAAGCAAAUUCAAAACUAUUUAUUUGGUAGCUUCUACAGAAACAAAUUAAUUCAACCAGUAACCUGGAUUGAAGGAAUUAAAACAAAGGAGGAAUGCUAACCAUGGGGUUUUUCAUGUUAACCAUUCCAGUAUUCAUUUUAUAUGUUAUACUAUAAUUUUAAAAUGGAAACUAUUUUCACCAUUGAAA